AAUGUACUUAUUUCAAGAACAGCUGUCAGCUGCAUAAUCGGCAUAUGUUUCGUGCUUGUCCGUUAAGUUAAAGUGCGGCUUUUAUCAAUAAACAUGUUGCAAUAUUGUUUAUUAAGACGCUACAGGUUUUUGCUGCGGCAGCAUGCUCAAGUCAUCAAGCGUUGCUACAGUGGCGACAUCAGAAAUAUUGGCAUUUUGGCACAUAUUGAUGCCGGCAAAACGACAACAACAGAACGCAUGCUUUUCUAUGCGGGCAAGACGCGCUCUUUGGGUGAAGUGCAUCGCGGCAACACUGUAACGGAUUACCUAGCACAGGAACGCGAGCGAGGGAUCACAAUUUGCAGCUCAGCUGUCACAUUUAACUGGAAUGGCAAGCGCAUCAAUCUACUCGACACUCCCGGUCACAUUGACUUCACGAUGGAGGUAGAGCAAUCUCUAUAUGCCGUUGACGGAGUCAUUGUUGUCCUGGACGGUACGGCAGGCGUUGAAGCACAAACUGUAACCGUAUGGACUCAGGCGGACAAGCACAAGCUACCGCGUCUCGUAUUCGUCAAUAAAAUGGAUCGCCCAGAUGCAAAUUUCGAGAAAUGCAUAGUUGAUUUAACGGAGAAACUGGAUGCCAAACCCAUUUGCACGCAGUAUCCAACGAAAAGCGCUGAUGGGCAGCUCGGAAUAUUCGAUGUGAUAACAAUGGAACAGAUGACUUGGCAACAAAAUGACCUUGGUCGCAAUUACAGCAAGGUGAAGCUGGAAUCUUCUACUGAAUUGCAGGAGAAACGCAACGAGCUCAUUGAUCAGCUGUCUGGGCUGGAUGACGAGUUAGCUGAUGUGGUCAUCAGUACGGAAAGUUUUGAUAAAGUCAGCAAUGAGCUGAUCGGACAAGCCUUACGCCGUGCCACCUGUCAGCAGAAGGUGGUUCCAGUGCUUCUGGGUUCUGCUUAUAAGAAUAUUGGCAUACAACCUCUAAUGGAUGCGGUGAACGCGUAUUUGCCCAUGCCAGAAGAACGCAAUCAGAUGUAUGAUUGCUUUGGGAAUGAUUUUGCGGGCAAGGUAUUCAAAAUUGUGCACGACAAACAGCGUGGACCUCUGACGCUUGUGCGCCUAUUACGCGGCGAACUAAAGCGCGGAAUGCGUCUGCUCUGUUCUGCCCGUGGACAGGCUGAGGUCGUCUCGAAAAUCUAUGAGCCACUGGCUGAUGAAUACCGAGAGGUUGGCUCCAUGCAGGCCGGAGAUGUGGCCAUAUGUGCGGGUCUUAAGUCAACAGUUACUGGUGAUCUGCUUACCAGUAGUCACACGUCCCUGAAGAACGCACAGAAACGUUUGCUGCAGAGUCGCGGUGCCGCAAUGCCACAAGACGAAGAUGAGGUGUUGGAUGAUGCUAGCCAUGAGUUAUUCUCUAUCGAGCCUAAAAUCCCUGACGCUGUCUACUUCUGCUCUAUCGAGCCACCGAGUAUAUCGUCGCAAACGGCCAUGGAGCAGGCGCUCAAGCAAUUGCAACGCGAGGAUCCAAGUCUGCGGGUGAGCUACGAUUCGGUUACCGGACAAACGGUGCUUGGCGGCAUGGGUGAACUUCACAUGGACAUAAUUAAAUCGCGAAUGCUAAGCGAGUACAAAAUUGAUGUGGAUCUCGGUCCCCUGCAAAUUGCAUACAAAGAGACUCUUGGAUCAUCAGCGAUAACAACUUUAAGUGUGGAUAAGGAUAUUGCGGGCAGCAAACAAAGCGUAAGCAUUACACUGCAACUGGUCAGCGAUCAGCGAGAGCUGUUUAGCUUAGAUAAAUCGCCUGAGAACGUACAACAUCUCAAUGCACUGCGUCCUCGAAUCCUCGGCGUGUUGCGCAAGGGUGCAGUAAGUGCUUUGGAACGUGGACCACGUGUUGGUGGCCAGGUGGUUGAUACUCAGAUACGUCUGCACAAUGUGACUGUUGGGCGUGGCACAGCCGAUUCAUUUGUCAUGGCAGCGGCGGCGCAGUGCGUGCAAAAGCUAUUGAUCACGAGCGGCACACGGUUACUGGAGCCCAUCAUGGCAAUUCAGAUUGUAGCGCCAAAUGAGCGCAUUUCUGGCAUUAUGGCGGAUCUGUCCAGGCGACGAGCGCUCAUAAGGGACGUGACGUCAAAGGGCGACAGGAAUAAAAUCAUUUUGGUAAACGCGCCCUUGGCAGAAUUAUCGGGCUAUUCAAGUGCUUUGCGUACCAUCAGCUCCGGCACAGCCAGCAUGACGAUGCAGCCGUGUGGCUUCUCCGAAAUGAAUACGGCAGAUGAGUCGUUAGCUGUACGCCGAGCCCAAGGAUUAGACUGACACUGACACCUGUUGCCUAGCAUUAAUUUUUAACAAAGAUCCAAGUAAUCUGGUCAGAAGAAGUCCCACAAAUUUUCCUAGUAUAUUAAAGGAAUGUACAGUCCAGUAACAAAUGACAAAAUUGUCGCACGUGGAAUAUUAGAUAAUUUGGUAAUACAAUUGAUGUAGAACGUG